AUUAGCAUUUUUGCACCUUUAAUAAAUUAAAAAUGGUCACUAAAGUUGAAAUUACUGCUGAUAAAACACAAUCGGAAAGAAAUCCGUUUUGGAAAUUAUGUCUCACAUUUCUCGGGAUUACAAUUCUUCAUCUCAGUCUCGGAGCCUCGUUUAUUGUUGGUAACAUAAUACCGUAUGUCGUGUCCUACAUCCGACUGGUAGGUAAAGACACAACCAUAAAAUUCGCUGAUGGAAUUUGGUUGUCAUCUAUGGCGACAACAGGCUUCGGUGUCAGCAUGCUGUUUACAACUUAUAUAGAGAAGGUUUUGGGUUUGAAAAAAACAAUUCUGCUUGGUUCAUUAAUCCAAAGCGCUUCUACCUUAGUGUCAUAUUUCACAAUCCGAAGUAAAUACUACGUGUUUGUAAUAACUGAAGGAUUUUGCACUGGCGCCGGAUGUGCCAUUCCUUAUGUUGUGACAGUGUCUUGUGCCAUGAAGUGGCUACCACAUCGAAAAGCUUCAGCUGCAGGAUUUGUCCUGUUUGCUCACGGGAUGUCUGCUUUCAUUUUUAAUUUUGUGAGCACUAAAUUCAUCAAUCCAGAAAAUUAUCAAGAAAAUGAAUUUAUCGAUGGAGAAGCCUAUUUUAACCAGAAAGACCUUCUUGCACGAGUUCCGAAGUGUUUCUUAAUGCUGGGUGGUAUCUUCCUAAUAUCUCAAUUAAUCAGUGUUUGUUUGAUUUCGAACCCCAAAGAGGAAAUGAAUGUUAUACAGGAAGACAUUAUCAAAGUUGAUGCUGCUGUGGUAUCAGGAAAAGACAACGAAGCAUUUCAAGAUAAUGAAGUUGCAAUACGAUCAAAGAAUCGAACAAAGGGCUUCAAGACCAAAAAUAUUCAAGAGGAUGACAAACAGGAAGAGAUGAAUAAAUCCUCAACUGCAGUAGCAUCACAGGAACAAAGAGAACUUGAUGAAGAUUGCUAUACACCUUUUCAAAUGUUAAAGACGAAGCAGUUUUACUUGCUAUGGCUCAUAACCUUUAUUGUAAGCAUCCAGUAUGCGACAAUAACCGGUGUCUAUAAGAUCUAUGGACUGACAUUCAUCUCAGAUGAUUAUUUCCUUACCAUUCUUGGUUCCGUUUGCGCAAUUGGCAACGCAAUGGGAAGGUUUACGUGGGGACUUAUAUGUGAUAAAUUAUUAUUUAAGGAUUCCACAAUACUUCUGAGUUUAACCGUGUCGAUUUUCUAUCUUUUCCUCAACGUCUCAUCAAUGGUUGGACGAUAUUUUUACUUUUUUAUAGCAUUACUAACGUAUGUGAUUCCUGGUGGGAUAUACGUUGUAAUGCCGUAUAUAAUCAGUAAGUGUUAUGGUACCAAAUACUACGCAAGUAACUGCGGAGCCGUGUAUACCUCACUGAUAGCAUCGGGUCUUUUAAAUUCGUUCAUCGUAACAGGCAUGCAACUCUCUUUCGGUUGGUACUGGACAUUUUUCUUCUUUGAAACCUUGGGCUUUAUCGCGAUAAUAUUAACAGUGAUGUUCCAGAAGCCAAAACGACCAGAAAGAAGAGAAAGUGAAUUAAUUGCAAGUGUAAAUCAGAUCGAACCCUGACAACAGAAACACAUUCAUAAAUGACCAGAUACACCAACAAAUCUUGAGUAAAAACUCGUUCCAUUCAUUCACAUAUGUAUAUAUAUAUAUAUCUA